AUGUUUUAAUAUAUAAAAAAAUGUUAUGCUUACUUUUAGAAAAAAUGUAUUCAGUAUUAAAACAAUCCAAGCCUUAAAAAGCAUACAGCGUAUAAUUGUAUUUUACUAGUUCUAACUAUUAUUAUAAGGACUUUUUUUGAAAUUUAUUUGAGGUAGUAAUUAGCAAUUGAGUCUGAUUAAUUGCCUUUAGAACAUAAUAAAGAGGAAAUUAAUGAUCCAAUAUUUGAGAAGCAUUAUGAUCAUAUUUAGUUAUCAUAUAGAAUUUUAGAUCACUCACUUCAUCUUAUUUUAUCACUUGAAAUACUUACAUUAAUUUUAUAGAUCACAUUAAUUAUAAAUAAAGGAAAACAAGAGUUACCAUUAUUGAAUCCUCUUUUAGAAUAAGAAAAGAAUGAAUGCUCUGUAUAGUUUGUAUAAAGCUCAAAUUAUGGUUUCUCGAGCCUAUAAAACAACUAACAAACCUUUAAUUCAAUUGAGAUGUAAUUGGUAUCUAGAAACAAAGGGACUUCAAAUUAAAUUAAAAAUUCAUCUGAAGAAAAGUCUCCUCUUAACUUUGGUAAAUAAUUCCAAUAGAAUAAAAAUAUCACUACAUAAAGAGAGGAGUUUCAUUAAAUUUAAGAAGAGCCACACGAUCAGUCUCCAAAAUAAAUUGCAAAUUCAUAAUAAAAUAUAGUUACAGAAAAUCCUAUUUACGAAACUACAUCAAACAUAUAAAAUGAAUCCGACUAAAUUUCUAUAUAAAUUUCAUAUCCAAGCAGAGUGUAGAAAUACAAAAAUGGAAAAUUAAAGACUGUUUACAUUAUUUAAAAGUGUAAAAAAUAAGUAAAUUGUAAUUUUUUUUGGAUCUCAUCAACAAAAAGAUCAAAUUAUUUUUGCUUAAAUUGUGAUUAGAAAAACAUCAUAGAUUAAAAUAAGAAGCAUGUUGAGAUUGAAAAAACUAAAUAAGAUAUUAAUGUUGAAACUAAUAAAAUUUUCUUAUCAAAUUAAUUUGAAUAAUAGUUAUUUGAGAUAACAAAAAUUUAUAAGAAUAAUACUUUUCAAUUUUGUUAUAAUUUUGAAUUUUGUGGAUUUUUUUGGAUGAAUAAUAGACAAUUCUAAUCCAAUUAAUAUUAUUGUCCUACGUGCCAAGAAUAUUAUACAACGAAAGAUGAAGAAACAUAAGGAACUAUAUAUAAAGAAUUAACUUGUAAGUGUUCCUAUUGCCAUACUGAAGCACAAGAACAUUUUUAAUCACCUUGUUUACAUGCUUAUCAUUAUGAAUGCUUAAAAGAAUUAGGGAAGAAUUAUCAUUAAGCAAAUAUUCCCUGUAUUGCUUGUAAUGUGAAUAUGUUGAGUAGUUUAAAAAAAAAUAACAUUUUAUCAAAAGAAACAUUUGAAAAUAUAUUUGAUCAUUAAAUAAAGGUGAUGAGAGAGGAAUCAAUGCAUGAAGAAUGA